GCGACUGGAAUACCGGUUUCCCUGGUACCAUUCGGAGCGACACACACACACACACGCACACGCAUCUGAGGAGGAAGAGAUGGCCACCCAAAAUAACUUCAGUGCUGCGACUUUGUCGUUUCUGCUCAUAUUCGUGUGGAUCGCAGCGUUCGUCUCAGUUGAUGCUUCUUCGGAAGGGACGAAGACGGUGGAGUUCAACGUCAAACCGGGAGGAGUGGUGCACACUUUCACCGAGGCGAUUAGGGAUUAUGAGUGCUCAUUCACUUAUGCUUCACAAGGGGGAACCAAUGAGCAAUGGCUGAUGAGUGUGGGUUUGAGUGACGACGACAAAUUGUUUUCCUGCUCUGUGUGGAGGCCUCAAGGAAUAUCCUACCUGUUUUUCACUCAGUUCAAAGCUGAACUCAAAGGAACCAAAAUUGAAUAUGCUAAUGCUUAUUCCCAGACGGCGGCCGCGGGACGGAGUGACGUGCCUUUGAAGCCGGAGGAAUUUACCGUAGGAGACUCAACAGUGACCCACCGAGAUGGAAAAUUCAACGCUCAACUCUCCAAACUGACCGCCAUUGGGCGCACGCGUCACGACGAGCUGUAAUUGGCCCGGGUGUCCGAUCUGGCUCCCGUGUGUCGAGCUGUGAGUCUGGCCCCCGUGUUCCGGCUCGGCAGUCAUUGAAGGACCCAUUUGCGGAAGAAACAACCAAAAACUGAAGUGGGAUGAUACUGAUGCCGUAUGUCAGUGAAUAAAUGACCUGGUAUGUUAUUACAAUGGAUUUAAAAAUGCAGUUUGGACAAAAAAAACAGGGUAUCAGUUUAGUAUUCCAUUUUUUCUCUACAUAAUGUCCUAGUUUAAAUUAUGCCAUAAAAUGAAGUGCUUCCAAAGUUAUUUUGUAUCUUCUGAAGCUCUAACAUUUACUGUUCUGAUUCACUGGGGACGUAUCUGAAUGUAUAGAGGAUGGGUGUCUGGGGGCUUGUGGGGUAUAGUUAACACGUUUAGACACAAGUAGAGAGGGAUUCAUCUUUCUUGUGUAAUCCUAAGAGGAAAGGGAAUAAUCUCCAAUGCAUCGCACUCCCAUAAACAAUUAAAUUUUUUUCCGUUCUGAGCUGAGCUCCUCGC